AUGGCCAAAAGUAAACCCAGAGUAUCCAACACUCGUGCCGCGCGGCGAGCCGCUUCGCCCGUAGAUCGGUCUUUGGAGUCUGCUCCUCGAGCUGAAUCACCAUCUGCUGAGCGUCCUUCCGUGUUGUCCGAGCGUCGCAGUUCUGGUAUUCAGAAGAAACAAGCACAGAAGAAGAUGUCAAGAGCGCAGCGUUUGAGACAGCAAAAGGGUAUGGAUCGCGCGGAAGCGGUCUUGGACCAGUUGGAAAUUAAGAAAUCCAAGAGCAUCACCCGUGGAAAGACUGUCAAAGCACGAAGCGCUGAAUGGGAAGAAUUGAACAAGAAAGCGUUAGCCUUUGCUGCUCUCCAGCAGGCCAACGAUGAAGAUGACGACGAUGACGAUAAUGAUUCCAUGACCGAAGAUACUGCGCCCGUGCAAGCCAAACCAAACCCAUUCGCUGCUCAUUCGAUCGAUGUGGUGGCUGAUCCUGAGACCGUUGAUGAAGAUGAUCAGAUCACCUGA